CCUUAUGUCAAAGAUCUUCUGAAAAUGGUGAAAAACAAGGAAUAUGAAGUAAGCCGAGGAAAUUAUGAAGACCGUGGUGAAGGUACGUUGGCCGAUGGAUACACAAGCAACGACCAGGUUGCCGAUGUGGUGAAAGCUUUCCUCUCAAGAACUCAACGUCAUGGUGAACAACUUCGUGGUGCUUUGGCCUUUCUUCUCUCACAUUACAUGCUUCUUCGCGGUGAAAGUAUUCGCAAAUUGGAAAUGACUGAUCUCCAAACGAUCAAUCUGGAAAAUGAAGCGGCACGUCAAGGUAUGGAUUGUCCUGCUCUAGUUAUGAUCAUGCGUCAAGGCAAAACGAACAGACACAACCGAUUGGAAUUGGCGGGUUGUAUGCGUAAUAUCCGAGUGGAAAUCUGUCCC